GAGAGGGAGGCCGGCCGGGUUCCUUGGUGAAAAGCAAACUCUUUGGCUUCACAUGGUUGCUGGACCCCAGGGGGAAAGAUGGAGGAGACCAACCAGAAACAACAUCGCAAGAAGCAUAGCGGUCCCAAGGCUGGCAAGAAAAAGAAGCGCCAUUUGAAAGAUUUAGGAAUCGAAGAUGAAGAGGAUGCAAGGAAGAGAAACCCCAAGGCCUUCGCGGUCCAGUCUGCAGUCCGCAUGGCCAGAUCCUUCCACAGGACCCAGGAUCUGAAAACCAAAAAGCACCAUAUUCCAGUGGUGGAUCGCACUCCCUUGGAACCCCCUCCAGUAGUGGUGGUGGUGGUUGGCCCUCCCAAGGUUGGCAAAAGCACCUUGAUAAGAUGCCUCAUUAAGAACUUCACAAGGCAGAAAUUGGUCGAAAUUCAAGGCCCUGUCACCAUCGUGUCAGGUAAAAAACGCCGGCUAACCAUAAUUGAAUGUGGGUGCGAUAUUAAUGCGAUGAUUGAUCUUGCCAAAGUUGCCGAUCUGGCUUUGAUGCUGAUCGAUGCCAGUUUUGGAUUUGAAAUGGAAACCUUUGAAUUUCUGAACAUUUGUCAGGUCCAUGGCUUCCCCAAGAUCAUGGGAGUUCUUACACACCUGGACAGCUUCAAAAAUAACAAGCAGCUCAAGAAGACCAAAAAGAGAUUAAAGCAUCGGUUCUGGACCGAGGUUUAUCAGGGUGCCAAAUUGUUCUACCUUUCCGGCAUGGUGCAUGGAGACUAUCAAAAACAGGAAAUCCACAAUCUAGGGAGGUUUAUCUCCGUAAUGAAAUUCCGCCCCCUGAUUUGGCAGACAACUCAUCCCUACGUCUUGGUGGACAGGAUGGAAGAUUUGACAAACCCAGAGGCCAUCAGAGUUAAUCCAAAGUGCGACCGGAAGGUUUCUCUUUAUGGUUAUCUAAGAGGAGCCCACUUGAAAAACAAAAGCCAAAUACACAUGGCAGGUGUCGGGGAUUUCACUGUCAGCGACGUCAGCUUCCUGCCAGAUCCUUGCGCCCUUCCUGAGCAUCAAAAGAAACGAGGCUUGAACGAGAAGGAGAAACUGAUCUACGCCCCGCUCUCAGGGGUGGGGGGCUUGGUAUACGACAAAGACGCCGUGUAUAUUGACCUCGGGGGAAGCCACUCCCACCGGGGCAGAGAGGAGGAAGAAAGACCGAACCACGAGCUCGUCCAGAGUCUCAUCUCGGCACAUUCCACCAUCGAUGCCAAGAUGGCUUCCAGCAAAGUCUCUCUCUUCAUGGACUCCAAGCCUUUAGAGACAGAGGAUGUUGAAAACGAGAGCAUUUUUGCCAUGCCGAAAGAAGAAAUGGAAGCAGACCCAUGGACUGGGAGGACGCGCCGGAAGGCAGUGUUUGAAAAUGAAGACCAAAGUGAUGAUGAUGAUGAAGAGGAGGAAGAGGGAAUGUCUGUGGAGGAGGGCGUGGGAGACUCGAGUGACAAUGACGAGGAGGGAGAAGACGACUAUUUUCUACGCCAGAAUCUGGUCUCCAGGUCUUCCGAGCGCAGCAAAAACGAAACGGAGCCUCUGCUCCUCGCAGAGCGGCCAGCCUUCGCUGACAGUGACGAUGACCUUGAGGAGAGUUCAGGGGAGGAGGAGGAGGAGGAAGAAGAAGAAGACCCUGAAGAGACAGACGGAAGCGAAGAGGAAAAGGAGGCAACCCUUUCCAAAUAUACCGCCGGAAACCCAGCUCGGUUGGAUAAGCCUCUAUCGGGCGAAAUGGACCACAAGGUGAGGAACAGAAGAAAGCUGGUCAAGAAAGCAGCCUGUAUCACCUUGAUUGAAAAUGUUACUCCUGAUGGAGCAUCGAUAUCGGAUUUAGGUGGACCUCCAUCGUGGGAAGAGGACGGCCCCGGGGAGGAGGAGGAGGAGGAAGAGGACCUCCAAGGGUGGGACCAGGAAGAGACUCAACUACAAAGUGUUGACAUCAAGAUACAACAUUCUGGGUCAAUGAAGAAUGAAGAUGAUGUGGAAGAUCUUUUGAAAGAGGACGAAGACUAUAAAGAGGCGUCUGGUUUUUCUUCAGAAACAAUUGGAGCUCUGAAAUGGAAAGAAGACCUCACCCAAAAGGCAGCCGAAACCUUUUUGAGACAGCAACAGGCUGCUCCGAAUCUCCGCAAACUCAUUUAUGGGACAGUGGCUGAGGAUGCGGAAGAGGAGGAGGAAGGAGAAAGAGAUGCGGAACUUGGCGGGCUGUUUCGCGUCAGCCGUCCUGACAAAGAAUCGAAACGAAAGAUUGAUGCUCUGGAUUGCUCCAAAUUUCCCACGGAAGCCCCACAAGACUGGGACCUGGACGAGGUGAAGGACAGCAUCCGAGAUUGUUUCGUGACCGGAAAGUGGGAAGCGGACAAAGACGCAGAAAAACUGUUGAAGGAAGAUGAAGAAAUAUACGGUGAUUUUGAAGAUCUUGAGACAGGAGCAGUAUAUAAAGGCCGAUCAGCUGAUCAAGGAGACGAGGCGGAAAACGAAGAGGAAGAAGGCAACGCGGGAAAGAACCCCGAAGCGGCUAAGGAGGAAGAGGAGCAGAAGAAACGCAUUGCGAAGAAACGCAAACUGAAAGAGAUGUUUGACGCAGAGUACGACGGGAACACCACCUAUUUUGACGACCUGAAAGAGGAGCUGCAAAACCAGGCUCAGCUUAACCGGCUGGAGUUUGAAGAUCAAGAUGAUGAAACCCGAAUUCAGUACGAGGGCUUCCGACCAGGCAUGUACAUCCGGAUAGAACUGGAGAACGUCCCGUGUGAGCUGGUGCUGCACUUUGAUCCGCGCUAUCCAAUCGUCCUGGGCGGCCUGGGAAACACGGAAGGAAACGUGGGCUACGUGCAGAUGCGGUUGAAGAAGCAUCGCUGGCACAAGAAGAUCCUCAAAACCCGGGAUCCUGUGAUUCUUUCUCUGGGCUGGAGGCGCUUCCAGACAAUUCCUGCGUAUUACAUCGAAGACCACAACGGACGUCACAGGCUGCUUAAGUAUACGCCACAACACAUGCACUGCGGAGUAACAUUCUGGGGACCCAUAACUCCACAAGGGACCGGGUGUUUGGCAGUCCAGUCCGUGAGUGGUACAACGGCUGAUUUUCGGAUAGCCGCCACUGGCGUUGUGCUCGACUUGGAUAAGUCCAUCAGGAUUGUGAAGAAAUUAAAGUUGAUCGGUUUCCCUUUCAAAAUUUUCAAGAAUACAGCUUUUAUUAAGGGGAUGUUUAACUCUGUGCUGGAAGUGGCUAGGUUUGAGGGGGCAGCCAUCCGUACGGUGAGCGGCAUCCGAGGACAGAUUAAGAAAGCCCUCAGGACCCCCGAGGGGGCCUUCCGAGCAACUUUCGAAGACAAGUUGUUGAUGAGUGACAUCGUAUUCAUGCGAACGUGGUAUCCUGUGUCUACCCCUGCCUUCUAUAAUCCGGUCACCUCUUUACUGAAGCCUCCGGGUGAGAAAUCCUCCUGGGUAGGAAUGAAGACCACGGGGCAGCUGAGACACGAGAGGGGCAUCAGGCUGAAACAAAACAAAGAUUCCCUCUAUAAGGUAGGACGGUCGGUGUGA